UUAUAAAUCAACUGAUCGAUAUAAAAAAAACUAAAAUCCGGAUGUAAAUACAAACACCGCCUGCUGCUUCCUGUGACGUAGCGCUAGCUCCUGAUGCUACACGCGGGAAACAGAGGCUCAUCUCAGUGAUUAGCAUCAGUCAUCGCCUGCAGCCAACAUGGGGGACACGCUAGAAUUUAACGACAUCUACCAGGAGGUCAAAGGCUCCUGGAAUGACGGGCGGCUGCGUUUCAGCAAGCAGAACGUGGUUUACAAGAGCAACAAGACCGGGAAGGUGGACAGCAUCCCAGCCGGAGAGCUCAACCUGGCCCAGUGGAGACGGGUGUGUUUGGGCCACGGCAUCAAGCUGGGCACCAGCACGGGCCACGUCUACAAAUACGACGGCUUCAGGGACACGGACUUUGAGAAGAUAUCCGAGUUUUUCAAGGGCAACUACAAGGUGGAGCUGUCCGAGAAGGACAUGUCUGUGAAAGGCUGGAACUGGGGGACGGCCAAGUUCUCAGGACCCCUGCUGUCGUUCGACGUCAACGACACCACGGCGUUCGAGAUCCCCCUGUCCAACGUGUCGCAGUGCGCCACGGGGAAGAACGAAGUCACGCUGGAGUUUCACCAGAACGACGACACAGAGGUUUCCCUCAUGGAGGUCCGCUUCUACGUCCCGCCCAGCCAGACCGAUGAACGACAGGACCCCGUGGAGGCGUUUGCCCAGAACGUUUUGUCUAAGGCUGACGUGAUCCAGGCCACAGGAGACGCUGUUUGUAUCUUCAAGGAGCUUCAGUGUCUCACGCCCAGAGGAAGAUACGACAUUCGGAUCUAUCCGACUUUCCUCCACUUGCACGGCAAGACGUUUGACUACAAGAUCCCCUACACCACCGUCCUCCGCCUCUUCCUGCUGCCGCACAAGGACCAGAGGCAGAUGUUCUUUGUGAUCAGUCUGGAUCCUCCCAUCAAGCAGGGCCAGACGCGUUACCACUUCCUCAUUCUGCUUUUUUCUAAAGAAGAGGAUAUCAACCUCACCCUCAACAUGAGCGAGGAGGACGUGGAGAAACGUUUCGAGGGCAAACUCAGUAAAAACAUGUCGGGCUCUCUGUACGAGAUGGUCAGCAGGGUGAUGAAGGCCCUGGUCAACCGUAAAAUCACCGUGCCGGGCAACUUCCAGGGCCACUCCGGCGCCCAGUGCAUCACCUGCUCCUACAAGGCGUCGUCGGGCCUCCUCUAUCCUCUGGAGAGGGGCUUCAUCUACGUCCACAAGCCGCCCGUUCACCUGCGCUUCGAGGAGAUCUCCUGCGUGAACUUCGCCAGAGGCACCACCACCACGCGGUCCUUUGACUUCGAGAUCGAGACCAAGCAAGGAAACCAGUACACGUUCAGCAGCAUCGAGAGGGAGGAGUAUGGCAAACUGUUUGACUUUGUCAACGCCAAGAAGCUCAACAUCAAGAACAGAGGUUUCAAAGAGAAGAAGGGCAUGAAGGGCAACAUCGACGAGUACAGCGACUCUGACGAAGACAAGCACGACGCCUACCUGGAGAGGAUGAAGGCCGAGGGAAAGAUCAGGCAGGAGGGCAACGACAGCGACGACUCGGACGGCAGCGGGAGCGACGAGUCUUUUAACCCCGGGGAGGAAGACGAGGAAAUCGCAGAAGAGUACGACAGCAACGCCUCCGCCAGCGACAGCAGCGAGGAAGGCGACGACAGCGAAGACGAGAGCGCGAAGAAGAAGAAAGUCAAGAAGACUAAAGUCGUGAAGGAAAAGAAAGAAAGGAAGCCACGCAAAGAGAAGAAGCAGAAGGACAGCGGCGGGCCCAAAAGGCCGAUGAGCGCCUACAUGCUGUGGCUGAACUCCAGCCGGGAGCGCAUCAAGGCCGAGAACCCCGGCAUCUCCAUCACAGAGAUCUCCAAGAAGGCCGGAGAGAUGUGGAGACAGCUGAACAAAGACGAGAAGGAGGAAUGGGAAAUAAAGGCAGGGGAGGCAAAGAGGCAAUAUGACAAACUAAAGAAGGAGUACAACGAGAGCGGAGGAGGAGCAGCCUCCAGUCCCAGGAAAGAGAAGAAAAAAUCGGGUGGGAAAAAGGACGAGGAGAAGAAGAGGAAGUCCAGCGGCGGCGGCGAGAAGGAAAAGGAGCGGGGAGCCAACGACAGCUUCAAGAGCCGAGAGUUCAUCGAGACCAGCGAGGACAGCUCCUCCGACUCCGACCACAAGAGCAAGUCCAAGAAGAAGAAGAAGAAGGAAUCUGAGGAGGAAGAAGAGGAGGAAGCUGUUUCCACUCCUGCCAGCUCAGAGGAAGAGUCUGACUGAAGAGAUCAUGCACACAAACCAAGGACCAACCGUUUUUACGCCGCCGAUUCAAGACCAACCAACAAACCUGAGUCGUACCUUUCUCUUCAACACGUUUAAUUUCGAAAAGUACAGUCGCGUAUCUUGUGACUACGUCUGGAAACUCGUCUGCGGUGACAUCUGAGCGAGACUCCUGCUGACAGCUCACUGAAACGAUGGGGUCUCCCAUCCAAGCCAUGAGAAAGGUUCUUGGUUGCUUAGCACUGGGGAUAGGAGGAGUUAGUUUGUCGAUGCAAAGGGGGAUUGAUUUUUAUUCCUCUUAUGUAGUACUCUUUAAAAAAAAAAAAAAAA